GAUUCAGAUCAAGAGGAGGAUACAAAGGAGAGACCAUAUGGUAAGAUGAGAUAUGUAGCAGUCUUAAAAGCUGAGAAACUCAGGUUCUUAAUGAUUGCUCGGAAGAGAUCAUCACAGUUGAAGCUUUGGACACUUAGAGUUGCAUAUGUGGUGCUGUUCUUGACCAUUGCAAUGCAGUUCAAAGGCCUUAGUGACACGGUAACACCUGCGUUGUUCAAGACUCACUCUGCCUUCUCUCUACCACCUGAAAGGAUUUAUGAGAAUAAUGGGUAUCUAAUGGUUUCUUCCAAUGGAGGAUUAAAUCAAAUGCGAGCUGGAAUAUGUGACAUGGUUACAAUCGCCAGAUAUUUAAAUGUGACACUAAUAGUUCCUGAGCUGGAUAAUACCUCCUUUUGGAAUGACCAUAGCCAAUUCCAAGAUAUAUUCGAUGUGGAUUAUUUCAUUAAGUCUUUGAGAGAUGAGGUUCGGAUACUGAAAGAGUUGCCUCCCCAACAGAAGCAGAAGGUGGAAUUAGAGUCACUCUAUUCCAUGCCACCCAUUAGUUGGUCUAAUAUGACAUAUUACUAUGAAGUGAUUCUUCCCCGGAUAAGAACAUAUGAGGUGGUACACUUCACUAAAUCUGAUGCAAGGCUUGCAAACAAUGGGAUUCCUGAUGAAGUUCAGAAACUUCGGUGCCGAGUGAACUACCAAGCUUUGAGAUUUGCUCCCCCAAUUGAGAAAUUGGCCAAGAAGAUUGUUAGGAUUCUUAAGGAGAGAGGGCCUUUCAUGUCACUUCAUCUUAGAUAUGAAAUGGACAUGAUAGCUUUCUCUGGUUGCAAUGAAGGUUGCAACGAGGAAGAGAUUGAUGAAUUAACAAAGAUGAGAUAUGCUUAUCCAUGGUGGAAAGAGAAGGAGAUAGAUUCUAAGAAGAAAAGGACAGAUGGUCUGUGUCCUCUAACUCCUGAGGAAACUGCUCUAACACUUCGUGCAUUGGACAUUGAUCGCAAUAUUCAAGUUUAUAUUGCUGCUGGGGAUAUAUACAAAUCAGAGAAAAGAAUGGCAAGUCUCAAACAAGCCUUCCCAAAUCUGGUUAAGAAGGAGACAUUAUUGGAACCCUCAGAACUUGAUCCUUUCCGGAAUCAUUCAAACCAAAUGGCAGCAUUGGAUUAUUACGUGUCAAUAGAAAGUGAUAUAUUUGUUCCCUCAUACAGCGGGCACAUGGCAGAACUAGUUGAAGGCCACAGAAGGUACUUGGGGUUCAAGAAGACACUUCUUUUAGACAGAAAAAUUCUGGUUGAACUGUUAGACCAGUACAAAAAUGGGACAAUGAAUUGGAACCAAUUCUCCACUUCAGUGAAAUCAACACAUGCAGACCGUGUAGGGAACCCAACUACAAGAUCAGUGGUGCCUGGAAAACCCAAGCUUGAGAACUAUUUCUACACAAAUCCACAAGAGUGCAUCUCAGCAGUUGAUGAACCAUAA